AUGAUACCAUGGAUGCGUGAGAAGUUCGCCGAACGCCGUGCUCGAUGGCAGCAGUCACGCAAGCAAACACGCGGCAUAGGCGACGGGACGUCCAGCUGUAGUUCCGCGUCAUCCAGCGCUGGUGCUCCUUCCAGUGAACCGUCUUCCGGUACGACGACACCCGGCACAAACGCUUCCCCAGUGCACCAGCAGACAUCGCGUCAUCAUGGCCACAAACAUCGCCCCGGGCAACGAGCGUCUCGAUCGCAGCAACCACAUUCCUUGCAGCAACAGUCUCCUUCGACCAGCGGGUCAUGGCGAUCGAGAUCGGUUAAGGGCGGCGCGCAAGAGGAAGGCCAAUCCGACCACAGCUCCGCUCAAACCGUGUCGUUGAGAAUCAUCAGUCCCAGGGGAGGCAUGGUCGAUGUGGAAGUCCUUCGCACCCUUUCCGGUCGGCAGUUAAAGAUGUACGCGUUGGAAAAGUUCGCGAGCAACGCAUUUACGAUGCCGCAUUUUUCAUCGGAUCUCGACGGGCUGGCCGAUCGGUAUCGGAUGAUACGGUCCCACAAUAGACAGAUUUUCCGAGAUACAGAUCAACUGGCAAACAGUAACGUGCGCGACGAGGAGGAGUUUCUUCUCGUUGCUAAGCGCAUCGAUGCUACAACUUCCGAUGAGAGCCUGGAAGGACCCUCUCCGGCGGAGAUAUUGGCCGCCACGCGUCACAUUCCGCUGUCCCGAAUAAACCAAGCAUCAGUCAAUUUCAACCUCGGCAGAUACCAAUCGGAUCUGCAGCAGGACCUGCGGCUGAUUAUGAUAUCGCUAUCAAAGGCAUCCGCGUAUGUGCACGGGACAGGACCGUGCGCUGAGAAACUCAUUGCCCUGUUUCAGCAGCGGCUCAUCAAUCGAAAGCGUCAUCAAAUCAGCUCGGUCGAGACGCUGCUCGAGAUGGGAUUUUCGUUAGACAAAAUCAACCAAGCCUUACAUGUUACAAAAAAUGUCUUUCCGGCAGCGCUAGAUUGGCUAAUACAAAAUGAUAGUACAGCUAGGUUUUUUAACUGUGAUAAGAACACCUCUGGUGCGUCUGCUUCUGCAACAACGAAUCAAAUUCAAACAGCAAGUCCCGGUUCAAACGAUCAGCCUGGCUCUAGUGCUACAACCGCUGGAGGUACUUUAUAUAGUGCACGAAAAAAAUCAAACAACGACAGUGAUAGUAGAUCCGGCUCCUCGGCGUCAUCAUUUGGGAACUCGGUUGACGGAGAAGAUGACCGGCAGAAGAACGAGGACGGUAGGGUCGAAGACGAGGAACAAACCGAUUCGCUGCAAGUGAAGCGUGAUAACAUUACCGCCCUGCUAGAAAUUGUUCGCAUGUAUUCGGAGAAGACCGUUGUGCCGAUGCCCGGUCUCGUCAAAUCGAUCGCCGAAAUGGGCUUCGAGGAGGAGAGCAUCCGCGAGGCCUUGAUAGCAACUCAAAACAAUCAAACAGCUGCGUGCGAGUGGCUUCUCGGAAAUCGGUCCAAGAGCGUGCAGGGUCUAAACGAUGGCUUACCGGAGGAGUCGCCGAUUUUACGAGUUCUGAUGGGUUCACCACAAGUACAAAUUAGCUUAGGAAACCCGAAAAUGUUUAUUGCAUUGAUUUCCAUGCUCGAAAACUCAUCUACGAUGACCAUGUGGCUUAGCGACAACGAUACGUCGGCCGUACUAGGACACAUCUUGCGUACGUACCACGAAGAGAAGCAUAUUGUCGCCAUCAAUCGAUUCAACAACGCCCAAGGAAGUAGCAGUAGCAACAGCCAGCAGCAGCAGUAGAUGACGCAGGGACGAAGGCAUGUACAAAGGCUUCGCUUUAUCGACCAAGGGAGGCAGUAUUUUUGGCGGUGUGUAGCUGCUAUGUUACCGAAGUUUAAAUCACGCCAAGGGCAACAGCGACCCUUGCAUUUAGCGCUGGCUUUCCGUACACCGCAGAACUUAGAGGCUUCGUGUAGCACAGAAAAAGCAAUAGAGAUACAAACAGACGCGUUACAAACGGCUCGUCAUGGGAAGAAAAGGACAAGAACCUAGCUUUAACACGAAUUGCUGGAAUGUUGCGCAACCCUGGUGGCGCAGGGCAGGUAUAGGAAGUAUUGGACAAUGUUGUAUUGCAAGUAGUUUACCGUUUUGGCCUCAAGAUUCGCAUACGUCCGGUGGAAGAUUCUUGGCGUAUGAAUAAACUAAGUUAUGCGUUGCGCUUUACCAAAGUUACCCAUUUGUAGCCGCACAGGUGGAGCAUUAAAUUUAAUUAAUGAGGAAGAUCCCAGAGGAUCGAACAUCUUAACUUUUACACUCUGUAGCACACACUACCACGGACACGCUCAUAACAUUAUUCCUGUUUAGGUAAGGGUAGAUUUGAAAGCUAGACGAAACAAAAUGGUAAACGCCAAAGAUGCACUAUAUAAAAAACGGAACGUAAAAGAUAUUUUAUAGAAUUCAACGAAGAUUUGUGAUUUAAAGAGUAUGAUAAACGAUGUGAAUUAUUCACGAAACGAACAAAUGGUGAAACGAACGUACAUGGUAGCAAUUGGUGGAAGACCAGAAUAAGAGAUGUAGAAAAACGGAGCGAUUAUUUGCCAUAGCGUA